AUGGGGCAGACUAACAUGACUUCCUGGAGGGGCUUUGUCUUCCUGGGCUUCUCCAGCUUUGGGGAACUGCAACUUCUGCUCUUUGCUGUAUUCCUCUCUCUCUAUCUUAUCACUCUGACAAGCAAUGUCUUCAUUAUCAUAAUCAUUAGGUUGGAUAUCCAUCUGCACACCCCCAUGUACCUCUUCCUUUCUUACCUAUCUUUCUCUGAGACCUGCUACACCUUGGGCAUCAUUCCUAAGAUGCUCUCUGGGCUGGCCAUGGGGGACCAAGCCAUCUCCUAUAUGGAUUGUGCUGCCCAGAUGUUCUUUUCUGCCUCAUGGGCCUCCACCAACUGCUUUCUUCUGGCUGCCAUGGGCUUUGACAGAUAUGUGGCCAUUUGUGCUCCACUGCACUAUGCCAGUCGCAUGCAUCCUACCCUCUGUGCCCAGCUAGUUGGAGCCUCCUUCCUGAGUGGGUAUCUCUUUGGGCUGGGAAUGACACUGGUAAUUUUCCAUCUCCCAUUCUGCAACUCCCAUGAGAUUCAGCAUUUUUUUUGUGAUACGCCCCCAGUGCUGAGCCUGGCCUGUGGAGAUACAAGCCUGAAUGAACUGGGUAUCCUCGUCCUCAGCCUGCUGGUCCUCCUGGUCUCCUUCUCUCUCAUCACUAUCUCCUAUGCCUACAUCUUGGCAGCCAUCCUGAGAAUCCCCUCUGCUGAGGGGCGGAAGAAGGCCUUCUCCACCUGUGCCUCCCACCUCACAGUGGUCAUUGUUCACUAUGGCUGUGCCUCCUUUAUGUAUUUGAGGCCCAAAGCCAGCUACUCUCUUGAGCGGGAUCAGCUUAUUGCUGUCACCUAUACUGUAGUGACCCCUCUCCUCAACCCCAUUGUUUAUAGUCUAAGGAAUAGAGCUGUGAAGACAGCUCUGAAAAAUGCUUUGCAAGGAAGAUUACUGGGUAAAGGGUGA